AGAAAAGAUGAAGAAACUGAUGGUAUAAAAGAGGGCCAAACUAACGAAUCGAGGAAAUCGAAAGAAGCGCAAAUAUUUCGUCGACAACUCGCGAAUAUCAAGAUGAUGUUACUAUGCUGCAAUUGACUGUAAGGACCAUUAUGGGGCUGUAGGGGUUCAUUAAAAGACCAUAGUUUCCGAAUGGACAUGGGGCGUCGUCAUGUAAGAUGGGAUGAAGCUAAUCUGGGGGAAAUUGAAGCAAAUAAACCCAUUAGGCAGAAAAUUAAUGAACCUAAAACACCAUAUCACCCCAUGAUCGAUGAUGAUGGAUCUCUGUCUCCUAUACGGGGUAGUUUCGAUGGUUGUGUUGGUGACACCAUUCAUGCAGACGCAAUACGUUCUGCUUUGAAUGAUGUGGCUUCUUCUAGUUCUCGACGCUCUGGUUGGACAUCCUCAGAGGAUGAGUCAGAUAUCAUGGAUCAAGAUGAUGAAGAUUCUGAAGCAGAGAAGAACGGUCUGAGUUUUAGGGAGCACAGGCGAGCUCAUUACGAUGAGUUCCGGAAAGUGAAAGAGCUCCAACAAAAGGGUUCCUUUCUUGAAGAUGCAUCUGACGAUGACGAGGGUGAUCACAAAAAGAAUGGGAGGAGGUCUGGCUUGUCGUCAUUGACCACUGGUGUGAAAGAUACAGAUCGUGUAGGUGGUACAAAUGUGCAUCAACAAUCUUUUACACCUCCAGCAAAUGGUGCUUAGAAGCUGUCAAAACGCAUACUCUAAAAGUAAUAAUUUUCGCGACAUUUUUCAUUACAUAAUUACUGCUACUGCUAAAACAUGAUUCCUAACUUCUAAAUAGGCAUUUUCAACAGUCGGUGCCUUUUCUAACAAAUCUCUCUGUUGUGUGUGCCUGUGUGUGAAAGAACCACUCCUUUUUGUUUGUACGUUUGCUUCAUUUUCUUUGAUAACGACAACUUGAUAUUUUUCUUGUAAUUAGAGAGCAUUGAAGAUUCGAUAGAGGGCUUGCUUUUCCCAACUGCUGGUUCUCUUCUUGGUAACCGAUUAAUCUAUUUCUAUUGUUGUAUAAUAUGGUCUGGUUCCACUCACAUAGAUGCAGUCGGAUUAGUCUGAGAUGAGAGUCGGACUCUGUAUCACAAUUCUAAAUUAUAAUAUCGAGCACGGUCAUGCAUUCUUCCGUGCUGGGCUUCCUGCAUUUUGGGGAGGGUUAAAA